AUGGCACGCCGAGACUACGCUCAGGACAGAGAAUCGAUCAAAACAUUUUUGGCCGAAUUCUGUAAAUGCGACGAUGAUGGCAAAAAGGAGUUUGUUUAUGGCUCGCAGCUGGUGAAGUUGGCUCACCGUGAGCAAGUACUAAUCACAAUUGACUUGGAUGAUCUGGCGGAGUUCAAUGAGAGUCUCGCCGAGGCUGUGAUCGAGAAUUGCCGACGCUAUGCGUCCAUCUUCAGUGAUGUGAUUGCCGAGCUGCUGCCCAGCUACAAACAGCAAGAGGUGCACGCCAAGGAUGCCUUAGAUGUGUACAUUGAGCAUCGUCUGAUGAUGGACGCGCGCAAUCGGAAUCCGAUGGAACAACGCGACGAACGCAACGCUUUUCCCACGGAGUUGAUGAAGAGAUUUGAGGUUGGUUUCAAGCCACAGUCCACGGAAAAGGCGCUUUCCAUACGGGAAGUGAAGGCGCAGCAAAUUGGCAAACUGGUCACAGUUCGUGGCAUUGUGACCCGUUGCACGGAGGUGAAGCCCAUGAUGGUGGUGGCCACCUACACCUGCGAUCGCUGUGGCUCCGAGACAUAUCAGCCGGUCAACUCGCUGUCCUUUAUCCCCGUUCAGGAUUGCCCCUCAGAUGAUUGCCGGGUGAACAAAGCCGGCGGUCGUCUGUAUUUGCAGACGCGUGGUUCCAAGUUUGUCAAGUUCCAGGAGAUUAAAAUGCAGGAGCACAGUGACCAGGUGCCCGUGGGUCACAUUCCCCGCAGCAUGACCAUACUCUGCCGUGGCGAGGUGACGCGUAUGGCACAACCAGGCGACCAUGUCCUCGUCUCUGGUGUGUUCCUGCCCAUGGUUCGCACUGGCUUUGCUCAAAUGAUGCAGGGUCUGCUCUCCGAGACAUUCCUGCAGGCACACCGUAUCAUUUGCAUUAAUAAGAAUGAUGACAUCUCGGAUAAGGACUCCGAAUUGACGCCUGCUGAGCUGGAGGAGUUGGCACAGGAUGAUUUCUACGAACGUCUGGCCACCAGUUUGGCCCCUGAGAUCUAUGGUCACUUGGAUGUGAAGAAGGCGCUGCUUCUGCUGCUUGUAGGAGGAGUGGACAAACGUCCAGAUGGCAUGAAGAUUCGCGGCAGCAUUAACAUCUGCCUGAUGGGCGAUCCCGGUGUGGCCAAAUCCCAGCUGCUGGGCUACAUAAGUCGCCUGGCUGUGCGCUCACAGUACACUACUGGACGCGGUUCCUCGGGCGUUGGUCUCACGGCUGCCGUGAUGAAGGAUCCUCUCACGGGCGAGAUGACGCUGGAGGGAGGAGCUCUGGUGCUGGCUGAUCAGGGCGUCUGUUGCAUUGACGAGUUCGACAAAAUGGCAGACGCAGAUCGUACGGCCAUUCACGAGGUCAUGGAACAGCAGACCAUUUCCAUAGCCAAGGCGGGCAUCAUGACGACUCUGAAUGCGCGUGUUUCCAUUCUGGCUGCAGCUAAUCCUGCCUUUGGUCGAUACAACCCACGUCGCACUGUGGAACAGAAUAUUCAGUUGCCCGCCGCUUUGUUGUCGCGUUUCGAUCUACUUUGGCUCAUCCAGGACAAACCCGACCGCGACAACGAUUUGCGACUGGCCAAGCACAUCACCUAUGUCCAUAGCCACAGCAAGCAGCCACCCUCUAGGGUCAAGUCCUUGGACAUGAAUCUAAUGCGCCGCUACAUCAAUCUCUGCAAACGCAAGCAUCCAACCAUUCCAGACGAGCUCACCGACUACAUUGUGGGUGCCUAUGUGGAGCUGCGACGCGAUGCGCGCAACCAGAAGGACAUGACAUUCACCUCGGCACGUAAUCUGCUCGGCAUCCUCCGUCUCUCGACGGCUUUGGCACGUCUGCGACUCUCCGAUCGCGUGGAGAAGGACGAUGUGGCCGAGGCACUGCGUUUGCUGGAGAUGUCCAAGGAUUCGCUCAACCAGAUACACGAACACCAGAAGGGACAUGUUCCCAAUACUUCGGACCGCAUCUUUGCCAUCGUCAGGGAAUUGGCUGGCUCUGGCAAGGCUGUCAAGAUCGCCGACAUCAUGGACCGCUGCACGACAAAGGGCUUCAAACCCGACCAGGUGGACAAGUGCAUCGAUGACUACGAGGAGCUCAAUGUGUGGCAGGUUAACAUGGGUCGCACCAAGAUUACAUUUAUGUGAAUAAAUCAAACAUUUGCCAGAAUUUUAUCUAUUUGUACUCUUAGCUUGUAAGAACAUUUCUUAAUUGAUCAUUUGACCAGUUGUCAUUGGUUAGCAUUAUGUUUCAUUCUCAUCAACAACAACUAAUUUAUAAAUAAAUACGCAAUUGUGCAAAAGAUUCCAUUAA